UUUAAAUGCCUCUGGUAGUUGUCGUGAGCACUGCGAUAGUAGUAUUUCUGUGUGAGACCAUAUGUUUUCUCAACUUGCGAUUGCUAUUCACUAUUUUCUAUUUGAAGAAAAUCGCGUUCAAGCAAGAUUUAACAUUGGUUUAUCUUAUUCUAGCAGGCGAUGCUGGUUAUAGUUUCAGUCUCGGUCUCAAUAAAGCCUACAUAUUGUCGAUUACCUUUUCUCGGUUUUUCAUGAUCAAAAACAUGAUGCUCUUUAUAAUAAUAAUGUGCAACAUAUUUGGAGUUAUCCGUACGACCCUGAUAUUCUCCAUAGCAUUCCUUCGAGUGAUUGCUAUAUGCUUCCCUGUUUCAUAUUACAACAAUCGAAGCAAAAUUCCACUGUACGGCAUGUCCACCAUCCUGUGUUUAUUAAUAUUUUUCGAUCAAUAUAUGAUGUUCGGAUAUUGCAAUAAUGUGUUUGAUGUUCCAUUGGAAUGUGAUAAUGCAAAAUGUGCAUACAAUCAGUGUUAUUUUGAGUUCUGGAUGUUUCGAGAAAAACUUGUCUAUGUUUGUAUAUCGACAUUGUCAGUGGUUCUAGUUUUCCGACUUUUUGUCUGGAAGUGCUGCUCGAAAAAUCAAUCUGCUCACACGUUUUCUAAGGCCACACAAAUUGCUCUUCUAGACUCUGCUGUCGUAAUAUUCUCCAACAUUCUACCUGUAUUCGUGUCGUCUCAAUUAUCCAACAUCGACUUUCUUAUCACUUCCUCCAUGACAACUGUGUGCAGAAAUUUGGGGCUUAUGAUAAGUACUGUAAUAAUUUAUCGGAUAUUCAUGCGAGAUAAGAAAUCAGCGACUAUUGUAACAAGAGUGACACCUUCAGUUAGACCAACUUCUAUUAUCCAUUCAAUUUGAAAGGGUUUAAUAAAUAAUUAC